AAAACCAUACAAACCUGUGGUGCCCAAUAAGGACAAUGUGGUUGAACUUGAUAAAAAUGUUGUUAAAUUUAGAGUGGAGAUGGAUAUCCAGUCGAACGAUGGAAAUUCGUUGGCAAAAAUCGAAUUCGAUGAUAAUGAUAGUAUUAAGUUGAGCGACAAUGAAAGAAAAGAUAUUACAAAUCGGAAAAAUUGA